CUCCCAUUUCUCUGCAUCUCCCAUUGCUGAGAGGAAACAAAGCCGAGAAAUUAAGGGAAGAGAAAAAGCACCAGAAAAGGUCCCCCCUUAAGCACGUUCCCCGCCGGAGAUGCAGCCGAAAUCUCACACCCCUCUUUUUGUUCCACCCCAAAAAGCCAUGAACAGAAUCUCAUCAUCAAGAAAUGGCAACAGCACAACGCAGGCAUGUGCUGCAUGCAAAUACCAACGUAGAAAGUGUGCACCUGAUUGCAUUCUAGCACCCUAUUUCCCCCACGAUCGCCAACGCCAAUUCCUCAACGCACACAAACUAUUUGGCGUCAGCAACAUCACCAAAAUCAUCAAGUUCCUCACCCCUCACGACAAGGACCAAGCCAUGCGCACCAUCAUAUACCAAUCCGACAUGCGUGCCUCCGACCCUGUCGGAGGCUGCUACAGGUACAUUCUCGACCUCCAGGCCCAGAUCGAGUACUACCGGGCCGAGCUCGAACUCGCCCUUCAGCAGCUCGCCAUCUUCCGAGCCCAGGACCAGGCCCAGCACCAACAACACGCCGGUAUCUAUGCUGCAAACAGCAACGUUAACGUUGCUGUCAAUGGCGAUGGUGAGGUUUUGAACGCUGAUCCGUUAGGGUUGUAUAACCAGCCACAGCAUCAUCAGUAUCAGUGUCUGCCACUGCAGGAGCAGUAUGUUAUGGUGCAUGAGAAUGUUCAUGGAAGCCAGAACAGCAACUCCAACACCCCUUUGCAGGAACAGAUUAACACGUGGGCUGUGCAGAACACUGCGGUGUCGCUUUCAUCGUUGUCGUUGCAAGGGCAAAGUAGUAAUGUUAGCGAUGAGUAUGAUCUCAAGCCCGGGGUCAUUGACUUGGAUUCUGAUGAGAGAAGUGAGUUAGGAUUCGAGUCUGAAGAAUUAGUCCAUCGCAGUGAUGAAGCAGUCUUGUUUAAGAUAGAUGAUGCAGUAAUAAAAGCGGAGGCUGACUCAUUCAACAAGCUCAAGAUUAUGACCUGAAAGGUGCAGCAACAUCGUUUACCCUCACAAAUUGUACUUGCAGAUGAGGUGUUAAUUAGCAUAGAUUGUAGAACAUGCUUCCACAUCAUUUUGUUGGCAGUAAUUAGGACAUUUCCUCUCCGUUUUGAGGUUAAAAUUUUGCAACAGUGGCUAGAGUUAUUUACACGAAUUCUUUCAAAGGAUGUCUUUUUAUUACAGUUUUUUUUUUUUUAAUUUCUUCUUAUAAUCAAUAAAAAACUAAUGCUAUUCAUUCC